AGACGCCAUUUUCGGCGGCGGGAGCAGCGGAGCCGGAGCCGGCGGGGCGCAGGGCGGCGGCUGUGAGGCGGAGCCGCGGGGGACAGCGCGCGCGGGCGGCCGGGGAUGCUGCGCGGCGGCCGCGCCGGCGCCCCUCGCCUGUGACCGCGGCGCGCACCUGAGGCGGCGGAGGCGGCAGCCCCGGCGGUCCUGCCCCGCGCACGCGCCCGCGGCCUCCCGGCGCUGACAGCGCGAGCGCGCGGCCCCGCGGGAGCAGCACGAAUGUAUGACAACAUGUCCACAAUGGUGUACAUAAAGGAAGAGAAGUUGGAGAAGCUUACGCAGGAUGAAAUUAUUUCUAAGACAAAGCAAGUAAUUCAGGGGCUGGAAGCUCUGAAGAAUGAGCACAAUUCCAUUUUACAAAGUUUACUGGAGACACUGAAGUGUUUGAAGAAAGAUGACGAAAGUAACCUGGUGGAGGAGAAAUCAAACAUGAUCCGAAAGUCACUGGAAAUGUUGGAGCUCGGCCUGAGUGAGGCACAGGUUAUGAUGGCCCUGUCAAAUCACCUGAAUGCUGUCGAGUCGGAGAAGCAGAAGCUGCGUGCACAGGUUCGUCGUCUGUGCCAGGAGAAUCAGUGGCUGCGGGAUGAACUGGCCAACACGCAGCAGAAGUUGCAGAAGAGUGAGCAGUCUGUGGCUCAACUGGAGGAGGAAAAGAAGCAUCUGGAAUUCAUGAAUCAGCUAAAAAAAUAUGAUGAUGACAUUUCUCCAUCGGAGGACAAAGACACUGAUUCCACCAAAGAGCCUCUGGACGACCUCUUCCCCAACGACGACGACGAGCCGGGUCAAGGGAUCCAGCAGCAGCACAGCAGUGCCGCGGCGGCUGCCCAGCAGGGUGGCUACGAGAUCCCUGCGCGGCUGCGCACCCUGCACAACCUGGUGAUCCAGUACGCCUCGCAGGGGCGCUACGAGGUGGCUGUGCCCCUCUGCAAGCAGGCCCUGGAGGACCUGGAGAAGACCUCUGGCCAUGACCACCCGGACGUGGCCACCAUGCUCAACAUCCUGGCCCUGGUGUACAGGGACCAGAAUAAAUACAAAGAUGCAGCCAAUCUACUGAAUGAUGCCUUGGCCAUUCGUGAAAAAACUCUGGGCAAAGAUCAUCCUGCGGUGGCAGCAACUCUGAAUAACCUCGCAGUGCUUUACGGCAAAAGGGGGAAGUAUAAAGAAGCUGAGCCGCUGUGUAAAAGAGCUCUGGAGAUCAGAGAAAAGGUUUUGGGAAAGGAUCACCCGGAUGUUGCCAAGCAGUUAAAUAACUUGGCCUUGCUGUGCCAGAACCAGGGCAAGUACGAGGAAGUCGAAUAUUACUAUCAAAGGGCCCUCGAGAUCUACCAGACAAAACUGGGGCCUGAUGACCCCAACGUGGCCAAAACGAAAAAUAACCUGGCAUCCUGCUAUCUGAAGCAAGGAAAGUUCAAGCAAGCAGAAACACUGUACAAAGAGAUUCUCACGCGCGCACAUGAAAGGGAGUUUGGUUCUGUUGAUGAUGAAAAUAAACCCAUUUGGAUGCAUGCUGAGGAAAGAGAAGAAUGCAAAGGAAAGCAAAAGGAUGGGACGUCUUUUGGAGAGUAUGGUGGCUGGUACAAAGCCUGCAAAGUUGACAGUCCAACUGUUACAACUACUUUAAAAAACCUUGGGGCACUUUACAGACGUCAAGGCAAAUUUGAAGCUGCAGAAACAUUGGAAGAAGCGGCCAUGAGGUCACGUAAACAGGGUCUUGACAAUGUUCACAAACAGAGAGUAGCUGAAGUGCUGAAUGACCCUGAGAACAUGGAGAAGCGGAGGAGCCGGGAGAGCCUCGGCGUGGACGCGGUCAAGUACGAGAGCGGCCCUGACGGAGGGGAGGAAGUGAGUAUGAGCGUAGAGUGGAACGGGGAUGGCACUGGAUCUUUAAAACGCAGUGGUUCCUUUAGCAAACUCCGGGCUUCAAUUAGACGCAGCAGUGAGAAGCUGGUUAGGAAGCUGAAGGGAGGAAGUUCACGAGACAGUGAGCCAAAGAACCCUGGCAUGAGGCGCGCCAGUUCUCUGAAUGUCCUUAACGUGGGUGGCAAGGCGGCCGAAGACCACUUCCAAGAACGAAAUAAUUGUCUGGCAGACUCGAGUGCUCUGAGCGCCAGCCACGCCAACCUGGCCCUCGGGGGUCGAGGCAGAGCUAGAUUAACCCCCGAGGCUAACGAGCGAUGAGACCCUCAAAGCUUGGCCAGGACCCUCCCCCCCGCAGGGCGGCCCGGGGGUCCCCUCCUUUCCUGGAUGGUGACCUCCACCACCUGCUGGAGUUUUGCCCUGAAUUCUGUUAAGCGGUCUGCAGCCCUAGUGGCCGAGAGCUGCCGAAGCCCAACGGAGGGACCCGGCCGGGCGCGGAGCCGGCGCAGCACCGAAGCCUGCUUUCAGUUGUAAUGUGGUGCUGAGGCUGUUCAUUAAGACUGGAACCCUAAGCUGCAUCCUUUGAGAACAGGAUCCGGUGACGUGUGGCAGCAGUGCUGGGGUUAAGCAGCAGGGGAGACGGGGUGGCUGCGAGGAGGCUCCACCCUCCUGGUCUUGUCUCAGCCCCUGUGGAGCCCGUUCCCCCCACCCCAGCCCCUGUACACUAAGCAUGUGGAGAUGCACGUUUUCCUUUUAAAAAGCUCUUCUUUGUAGGGUUAAGUCACACAGGGUGGUUCUGAUAGAAACAUUUUCUUCUCUUUUUUUUUUUCCUGAUUUUGUCUGUGCCACGCAGCAUGUGGGAUCUUAGUUACCCAGCCAGGGAUCAAACCAGUGCUCCUGCGUUGGAAGCAUGGCAUCUUAACCACUGGACCUCCAGGGAAGCCCCAGAAACAUUUUCACACCAACCCUGAGAUGUUAUUCUGUAAAGGAAUCCGUAAGACUUAGCUGGUAGGUUCAGAAGGUGUAAUUCCAGAUGACGCCGGCUGUACAAGGGCACAUCCAUGCUGCUGAGGUUUGAAAGAGGGUCUGGAGAGCUGUGAGCAUCCUUGUGAAAUGCUGCAGGUUUCGAUUUUAGUUUCUCUCAGCAGAGGCGCUCCCAGCCACCUCUUCCUCACACAUUGCACUGGGCCAGGCUGGUACAUGGGAUUGGGAACUUAUAGGGGGCUUGCUGUGGAGACUGGGGGGCUCAUUCUGGGGGUGCCUUUGGACUGCACGUGCCUUUCACCCCGAGUGUGGACCACAGGCUGAGGGCUGGAGGUGGCAACAUACUGGGGUUUUGUUACAGCAAGGCUGGGCUUUAAAUUUUGUUUAAACGUUCUUGUGAUUUAAUCAUGGGUCACCACAGGGCACAGCUGCCGUGUCCCCUAGAGCAGGCGCCCUGACCCAGGGCUGGGGGCCCGCAAGGCUGGCAGUUCUCCUGUGGCCCGUCUCCUCUGGCCACGCUCCUUUCCUGGCCUCCUGACCCCACUUAGGUUUUGCAGGAUCCAGUGGAUCAGGCAUUUACUCAGUGCUCUCUAGAGGCGUUUAAGAGAAUCUGAUGGCUUGUAAAAAAGCACUGGAAAAAGAGCAGAGCUGUGUCCCCCCGUGGGCACUGUGGCCCGUUCAGGUUUAGGUGCAGUGGGGGUGAUGAGUCUGUCACAUCGUCACAUCGUAACCAGGAAGGGGACCAAGCUGUCCCAGCUCCACCUUCCGCUACAUUGAAGUUUCCUCCCAGCCACAGAGCUGAUACAGGACAUCUGAAAGCCACCCAGUUUCCCUUAGUGACAGUUAUCUCUGGAAAAACAAAGGGCAUUUAGAAAGAAUAAACAUGGGGCUGAGAACUGAAUUUUAAGCUCCCAGUUGGUGAAAACAGACCUUCUUUGCAGGGGCGUUAGUUGAACCUGGCCUGGCUUUGAGCCCUCUGGCCCUGGUUCCCUGAGGGCUGUGGUGGCUUUCACAAGGCCACGUGGAGACAGUGUUUGGGGUAAGAGAGGCUGGAGGGCCUUCCUGAAGCCAGGUUGUAAAAGCCUUUGUGUUUCAGAGGGGAUGCUGCCAGGGAAUUUACAGUUUCUGAGUUUUGAACUUGUAUGGAGAUGGAGAUGAACCAGGGGUCAGGAUUUUAACAUUCCCAGCGAGCAGCUGGUGGUUUCUUUUCCUGGUGAGAGGACCCUGGAGGGCAAGCACCCAUUCCUGCAUCGUUUCUGUCAAGCUGGACUGCUGGCCAGAGGGGGGACAGGCAGUGGAGGAGCUGAGUGUCUGCGUGAGUGAGUAGAAGGGUGUGUCCCAGGGCAGAGGGCGUGGGGAGCAGGGCCUUCCAACCCUCCUGCGCCCCUCUGGGUGCGCCCCUGGGGCGAGGGAGCCGCUGGUCCCCAUGCUGCAGGGAUUCAGACAGUUGUUUUCUGAAACUUUAAUAUUUGAUGAGAAGGCUUCAAGGAAUAUCAUGUAAUGGUCUUUAUAGUAAAACAGAAGUAUUGCUAAGGAUUCAGAGUUGACAGUUUGUAGCACUUGUUAUAACUUUAUAGAAUGUUCUGGGGAAGGGACGUUACAUCUGUAUGAGGCCAACUUUUGGUAUGUUUACAUCUGUGCCUGGUUUUGAAUGAAGUGCCGUGUGGUCGUGGGGUUUCUGGAAAGUAAAGCAGCACUCGACAGCACCAACCAGAGGCUCAAGUCAGCUACGUGAGCUGUGGUUGGGCUGGUACGUGAAGACGUGUGCGCGGUUUCAGCUUAGGUCCCCGGCAUGACAGGGGGACCCAGGUAGUUUAUACAGUGGUGUGGCGCUACCCCUUGGGGGUCACAGGCCGGUGAGGACCGUCCGGCUGUCCCUGGGGCAUGCGCUGGGGGAUGGGAUUAGUUGAGAGGCCGGGGAAAGGCAGGGUGGGCACUCCCCUGGGACUUGUCAGUGUUCCUGAGACAUGGAGAGGAAGCCCCACUGCAGAAUCCUGGGGCCCUUGGUGGGAGGGCACCCCCAACGGCCUGUCAGCCUGGUGGGCAGGUGCGGCCACCCAGGGGCUGUGUGUGCGUGUGCUUGUGCUGGUCUGCACCUCUGCAAGGGGUCUGCUGUGCAACGUGCCUUCUGUCUUGGAGCGAUAGUUUUCUUUUCUCACUGUUGGUGUGACUUGCCUAGGAAAUCUUUUGGAACUGUUUAACUUACAAAAAUAAAGUGUUUUAUUUUCUGUUGUAAA